AGUCCAGUGCAAGGAGUACCUGGGGGAGAUGGGGAGCUGGGUCUGGUGGGAGCUAAGGGUCUACUAUAAGCACUGUCAACAGAGAGAAACAGACCAUCUGAGGGCAGCUGGAGAGGUGGAAAAUGCACAGCCUGGACCCAAAGGCUAGCAAUCUAGUUCAUGGUGGAGGCAGUGUUAGUGGUAAAGCAGCAGCAGCUCUGGGAGAGUUCAAACUCCACCAGAAGGGGUCAGCAUGACAGCAACGGCCGCUGUGAGUCCGAGCGAAUAUUUACAGCCAGCUGCAUCCACAACCCAGGAUACUCAACCGUCUCCUCUUGCUCUGCUUGCUGCCACAUGCAGUAAAAUUGGGCCACCAGCAGUGGAAGCGGCUAUAGCUCCUCCAGCACCCUCUCGACCAACUCGCAAAAGACUGAUACCCAUAAAACCUGCUCCUCUGCCUUUGAGCCCAGCAAAGGCUGGUAUUGGAUUUUUGUCUUCAAAAGGCAAUGUUAUCCAGAUCCAGAAUCCCCAGUUGAGUACAGGAGGCCCAGGAAAUGGACAACUGUUCUUAACCAUUCAGAAUCCAGUGGCUAAGGGUAACAGAUAUCAGGCUUUGCAGUCUACCAGCCAGACACUGUCUGUUCCACAAAACCUAGCUAAUCAAUUGCAGAUCCUUGCCGAUGGCACAACACUGCUUGCACCAACCACAAACUCUUCAAAACAUGUGCCCAUCAAACCAGCACCCCCACAAAAAAACAACAACCUGGUGAAAGUAGGAGGCAGUGGUCUUACAUUGGCCUUGCCUCUCAAUAGUCUUGGAGACACCUCAAUAGAGACUGGCUCUCAGCUCUUAUCUGCUAAACCUAGCAAAAAAAUACGUAGGAAACUUACCCCUUCUGGACCAGCCCCGGGAUCUCCAACACAAGAACAGAUGGAAACUGUAGUGAUUGAAACUACAGCCGAAAACAUCUUGCAGGCGGGUAACAACCUGCUCAUUGUUCAGAGCCCUGGUGCUGGGCAGCAUGCUGUGCUUCAAGUGAUGCAGCCCAAAACAGACACUCAAUUAGUGCAAAUUCCCUCACAGGCGUUAAGAGUGGUACAAGCUGCUUCUGCCACGUUGCCCACAGUGCCACAGAAACCAGCACAGAAUGUCCAGAGUGCAGAUAUGUUACCCACACAGCUUUUUAUCCGUACAGCUUCGGGAGAGUUGCAGGCUCUUGUGAUGCAAGAAUCUUCACCAGCUACACCAGCCCCCCAACCAUGCACUUCACUCAGCACAGGGUCACUGGGCAUUCAGGCAGCAAACCCCACUAAGAAGAAUCUUGGCCGAAAAGAGCGAUCAUUGCCCAAAAUUGCUCCUGCAGGCGGGAUCAUUAACCUUAACACAGCACAGCUAGCAGCUGCGGCACAGGCCAUGCAGACUAUUAGUAUCAAUGGACUUCCAAUGCAAGGAGUGCCUGUCACAAUCACCAACAAUGGAGGUCAGCCUCAGCUCAGCGUGCAGAAUGUGUCUAGUGGUAAUGUGGCUAUCAGUGGUCUCAGCCCCUCCCAGAUCCAGCUUCAGAUGGAACAGGCCUUGUCUGGUGAGCUCCAACCAGGAGAGAAAAGGAGAAGAGUGGCUUGUACUUGCCCAAACUGCAAGGAUGGAGAGAAGGGCAGGUGGGGCCCUCCUGGCAGGAAGAGGCAUGUGUGUCACAUCCCAGAGUGUGGAAGAACGUUCCGCAAGACUUCCCUCCUGAGAGCCCACGUUCGCCUGCACACCGGCGAGAGACCAUUCGUGUGCAACUGGGGAUUCUGUACUAAGAGGUUCACCCGCAGUGAUGAGCUGCAACGACACGCUCGCACGCACACAGGUGACAAGCGUUUUGAAUGCCCUCACUGUCAGAAGAGGUUCACACGAAGCGACCAUGUCUCAAAGCAUUUCAAGACACAUCUUGUGCCCAAGAAGUUGUAAUGCUUACGGAUCCUUACCUUGAUAACUAGAAACGAGGCAAUUGCACCCCAUGUAGAAACUCCCUAUACAAAGUGUGGUCCACUUAGCCUGAAAGGUCUAUGGACCUCAAAAUUAACAGUGCUCCAGCUUUUGAGCUCACCCUACGAUUUCCAGUAGUUAUGGACACUACUCAUUACCUCUUGUACUGCCCGGGUGGGCUCAGCAUGUUGCAGAUAAAGUGGUGUAAGUGAGUGCAAGGUGUUUAUUGCUGAAUGCUUGGAAACGUCAUAGAGGUUUGCAAGGAUUAUAAGACAGUCGAGGAACAUUCAAUAUAAAAACAAAUUAGAAGGAAGUCCUCUGGCUGCCAAAUGGAUCAACCUGGGAAGAGAGACAGUGUGGAAUCAUGUGAAAAAUGGGCCAGAACAUUCCCACUUUUAUACUGCUCUCCCCCUGCAGGAAGGUGCCUUAUUACCUCCCCACCCCAUAAAAGCUUAUUUAUAGUUGUGCUAAUCUUUCUUCCCCAUUCAACUGUGCUCGAGAGAUGCUAGUAUGUUUAUCACCUCUGCAGUCAUAUCCUACUCUGUAGGAGGCUGUGCCAGGAACCCAUUCUACCCUCAACCCUGUGUCAUCUUCUGUGGGCAGCAGUGCCAAGUCCCUCCUGUUCACAAUGUACAUGACAUGCAUUGUAUACACAAUAAUGAAUUAAUUAAAAGAGGGGACUCUAUUUGUGUAA